AUGUCGAAAAAUGAUAAUCAUUUGUCUAACUUUUAUAAGACACCGAAAUCAUUGUUACAUAAAAGGCCAUCAUUUGAAUCGAUUGCAAUUGUCCGACAAAAUGUUGUUAAAUUAUUUGAAAGUGAUUUAUCAAUUGCUGAUGAAUGUGAUAUAAAGCGGAUCCAAUCGGAUGACUGGUUUGUUCAGCGAUUUAUUGAAUACUAUGAGAAUGACAUUGAAAAGGCUGUCCAUCAGUUGUUGACGACUUUGAAAUGGAGAAAAGUUUUUGGUGUCAAUUCAAGACAAAUAGAUAAAGAUUAUGGCAAAGAGUUCUUUCAAAUCGGAGCUCUCUUUGAAUACAAUACAGACAUCAAUAAUAUUCCUCUGCUGAUACUUAGAGGCAAAUGCAAUCGUAAAGUACCGAAACUGCGACCACUUAUUGAGAUGUAUAUCGUUGCCAUCAUUGAACAGUUGGACACAAAAGUCGGCAAAAAUGGUUUCGUUUUUGUAUUAGACUGUAGUGAUUGCGGAAUCAAUAAUCUAAGUAUGGAUUUGUUGAAGUUUAUUAUCACAACUUUGACCACACAUUACCCAUUGGGUAUGCAGUAUAUCAUCAUAUAUAACUUGCCGUGGAUUUUGAGGGGCAUUUGGAAAUUGGUUAAGGGAUGGUUAGGUGAACACCAACAUAUGGUACACUUCGCCAAUGGCCAAGAAAUUAUCAAAUAUGUGGACACAAAUUCGUUGCCCAAAUACAUGGGCGGCAAUUCGGUAAAACUGAUUGGCGAGACACCCGUCAAUUGUCCAUCUGUUUAUGAAUUGGCCGCCAAACUUGGUUUUACGGAAGCGGAGGUACGAAAGUAUAUGAAAAUAUAUGAAGAUCUACUUAAAGAAUCACAUACCUAUACCACUAAUUGA